UCCGUGCAUGUAAACACAGGCGCGUGUUUCCGUCUCUUCAGAAGUUCAUUUUUGAUCAUUUAUGGAUUUUUACGAACAACGCGACUCACGUGAUCGAUGAGUGACGUCACCAGGAUGCAGCACGUGCGGGGGAGACUGGAGGAGUGUGCACGCGAGGCGCACGAGCUGUACCUGCACAGGUGUGUUCCGUACCUGGACGGGGCUCCUGAUCCUCUGGAGUUCUACAGAUCCUGGAUCAGUCCAAACAGACCGUGUGUGAUCAGGAAUAGUGUCGAGCACUGGAGCGCCCCCAGACUCUGGACCUGCGACUACCUCAGACAGAAGGUGGGGCAGAGGCAGAUCUCCGUCUCUGUGACUCCAAACGGUUUUGCCGACGCGGUGAACGGCGAACGCUUCAUGAUGCCCGAAGAACGACGCAUGAGUCUGAACCACGUCCUGGACAUCAUCGAGGGAAAGGUGGAUAAACCCGGGGGCUCAGGUGUGUUCUACGUGCAGAAGCAGUGUUCAAAUCUCCUGGAGGAGCUGCCGGAGCUCACCUCAGACCUGGAGCCUCAUGUGGCCUGGAUGAGCACUGCACUCGGGAAGAUGCCCGACGCGGUGAACUUCUGGCUCGGAGAAGAGAACGCCGUGACCUCCAUGCACAAAGAUCACUAUGAGAACUUGUACUGUGUGAUUUCUGGAGAGAAGCACUUCCUGCUGCUGCCCCCGACCGACCGGCCCUUCAUCCCCUACGGUCUGUUUCAGCCUGCUGUGUAUCAUCAGCGAGAGGACGGAGAGUUCGAGAUCAUCGACCAAGAAGGACAAGAGAAGGUUCCGUGGAUCCCGUUGGACCCUCUGGACCCGGACCUGACCCGGUUCCCGGAGUUCGGGUCGGCGAGUCCGCUCCAGGUGACGGUUCGUGCCGGGGAGGUGCUGUACCUGCCCUCGCUCUGGUUCCACCACGUCAGACAGAGCCACGGCGCCAUCGCAGUGAACUUCUGGUACGACAUGGAGUACGACCUCAGAUACAACUACUACCAGCUGAUGGACCGGCUCAGUGACAUCACGCUGACGUCAUUGUGACAUCACACCUCCGACGACCGUAUAAGGACGUCCUGUGUGUAAAUGUUUGUACAAUAAAAGAUUUUUAUCAAACUGAAAAAAA